GAAAGAGAGGCAGGAGUUUCUAAGACCUCAUCUGCAACAUGCAUCUACCACUGCCUCGUGAACACAAGAAAAUGCUCUUGUACCAACUGUGCUACUCAGACCCAUGUCUAGCAUUACUGAUACUUUCUUUAAAAUGUAUUUUCAUCCUGCAUACAAGGAAGGAAGAAAUGAUUUGGAAGUUAAUUAAGAAAAUACUUUUUCUCUUCAUGACCAUGCUUGGCAUUCUGGGGAACAUGUCUGUUUCUGUAAAUUAUAUGUUCUGUUGGUGGGGAAGCCCUGAGAAGAAAUCCGUUUCUUCUCAGAAGAAAAGAAAAGAAGGAUUGCAAAAGACUAUUGUAGCUUUUGGUUUGAGAAACUUCCUAAAUAACUUAGGCUGUAAGAUCAUUGUUUACCUGGAGAGGGUGUCCCAUGGCCUCUCCCUCUGCACCAGCAGUCUCCUCACUGUGGUCCAGGCCAUCAUCAUCAGCCCCAGACCAUCUGGGUGGAGGAGGCUCAGGCCAAAGUCUGUAUGGAACAUCCUUCCAUUCUUCCUAUUCUUUUGGAUAUUCAAUGCAUUAAUAAGUAUGAACCUAAUCAAUUCCAUCACAAGUACAAGACUGAAUAUAUCACAGCUUAAGAGUGAUGACAACUAUUGUUAUUUUAUGUUACCAAGUCAGAAAAUAAAAUGGAUUGUUCUCCCUCUCAUGGUCCUGAGAGAUGCAGUGUUUCAGGGUGCCAUGGGAGGGGCCAGUGGCUACAUGGUAUUUCUUCUCCACAAGCACCACCAGCAUGUCCUCUACCUUCAGAACUCCAAGCUUCUCUACAGAACUCCUCCUGAGCUGAGAGCUGCCCAGAGUGUCCUCCUUCUGAUGCUCUGUUUUGUUUUCUUCUACUGGACUGAUUGUGCCUUUUCUCUAAUUUUAAGUCUCUCCUCAAGGGACAACACCUUGACCGUAAAUCCUAGAGAACUUCUGACCCUGGGUUAUGCAACGUUUAGUCCCCUGGUGCUGAUUCACAGGGAUGGGCUUCUGGUUGAACGUUGGCAUGUUCAGUCAAAGAAACUGAGAAAUUGUCUCUCAUUUAUAUGUUCAACAAGGAAGAAGAAACUCUCAGUUCUGCAAUACUGUGGGUAAGACAAAAUCCCACACAGUAGUUUAGGCAUGUGUUUUUCUCAACUAAUAAUCUUGGUUACUCAAGCCUUGCACU